UGCCUUCACUUGAGCCAGCAGAUAUAAGCACCAUCCUUACAGGCAGGCUUCCUGACUGAGAGCAGGGAGCAGCAGGCAUGGGGCACACCGGGCGCCAGUUCCAAGCCCUGCUGUGGAAGAAUUGGCUCUGCAGACUCAGGAACCCGGUCCUUUUCCUUGCUGAAUUCUUCUGGCCUUGUAUCCUGUUUAUAAUUCUGACAGUCCUUCGUUUUCAAGAACCUCCCAGAUACAGAGACAUUUGUUAUUUGCAGCCCCGAGAUCUGCCCAGCCGUGGUGUUAUCCCCUUUGUUCAAAGCCUUCUUUGUAACACUGGAUCAAGGUGCAGGAACUUCAGCUAUGAAGGGUCGAUGGAGCAUCAUUUUCGUUUGUCUAGGUUCCAAACUACAGCUGACCCCAAGAAAGUCAACAACCUAGGCUUUUUAAAAGAGAUACAAGACCUGGCCGAGGAAAUUCAUAGAAUGAUGAACAAGGCAAAAAACUUAAAAAGACUUUGGGCAGAAAGAUCUAACACUCCAGAUUCUUCUUAUGGUUCCAGUUUUUUUACAAUGGAUCUCAAUAAGACCGAGGAGGUAAUAUUGAAACUGGAAAGCCUCCACCAGCAGCCUCUUAUCUGGGAUUUUCUACUGUUACUGCCAAGACUACACACAAGCCGUGAUCAUGUGAAAGACGGCAUGGAUGUGGCAGUGAACCUUCUCCAGACCGUUCUGAAUUCCUUAAUAUCCCUAGAAGAUUUAGAUUGGCUUCCACUCAACCAAACUUUUUCCCAGGUUUCUGAACUUGUAUUGAAUGUGACCAUUUCGACACUGACAUUUCUACAGCGACAUGGAGUAGCAAUCACUGAGCCAGUUUACCACCUGUCCAUGCAGAAUAUAAUGUGGGAUCCACAGAAAGUCCAGUAUGAUCUCAAAUCUCAGUUUGGCUUCGAUGAUCUUCAUACUCAACAGAUCCUGAACUAUUCAGCUGAACUAAAGGAGAUUCCCACAGACAACUCUUUGGAGAAGAUGGUGUGUUCAGCCUUGUCCAGCACAUCAGAGGAUGAAGCUGAGAAAUGGGGUUACGUUGGAGACUGCCACCCCAAGUGGUCAGAAGCCAAAAACUAUCUUGUCCAUGCAGUCAGCUGGCUGAGAGUCUACCAACAGGUGUUUGAUCAGUGGCAACAGGGUAGUCUGCUUCAGAAGACACUCACAGGCAUGGGCCAUAGUCUGGAGGCUCUCAGGAAUCAGUUUGAAAAAGAGAGCAAGCCCUGGAAGGUGGUGGAAGCUCUGCACACUGUGCUGCUCCUGCUGAAUGAUAGCUUGGCAGCAGAUGGCCCAAAAGAUAAUCAUACAUUUCCAAAGAUAUUACAGCAUCUGUGGAAAUUGCAAAGCUUGCUGCAAAACCUGCCCCAGUGGCCGGCACUGAAGAGAUUUCUUCAGCUUGAUGGAGCUCUCAGAAAUGCGAUAGCUCAGAAUUUACAUUUUGUCCAAGAAGUCCUCAUUUGCCUGGAGACGUCAGCUAAUGAUUUUAAAUGGUUUGAACUUGACCAGUUGAAACUGGAAAAGGAUGUGUUCUUUUGGGAGCUAAAACAGAUGUUGGCGAAGAAUGCUGUCUGCCCAAAUGGUGGUUUCUCUGAGAAGGAGGUCUUUUUGCCCCCUGGAAACUCCAGCAUAUGGGAUGGUCUCCAGGGACUGGUGUGCUAUUGUAACUCCUCUGAGACCAGUGUUUUAAACAAGCUACUUGGUUCAGUAGAGGAUGCUGAUCGUAUUUUGCAAGAGGUCAUUACUUGGCGCACAAAUAUGUCAGUUUUAAUACCUGAAGAAUAUUUGGACUGGCAGGAACUUGAGACGCAGCUGUCAGAAGCAAGCAUUUCCUGUACUCGGCUCUUCCUGCUGCUGGGAGCCGAUACCUCUCCUGAGAAUGCCUUUUCUAGUGACUGUAAGCCCCAGCUUGUCUCCACAGUGAUAUUUCAUACACUUGAAAAAGCACAGUUUUCCCUGGAACAAGCAUAUUAUUGGAAAGACUUCAUAAAGUUUAUCAGGAAGACUUGCGAAGUGGCCCAUUAUGUAAAUAUGCAAGACAGUUUCCAGAACAGACUAUUGGCUUUUCCUGAGGAAUCUCCUUGUUUUGAAGAAAACAUGGAUUGGAAAAUCAUCAGUGAUAAUUAUUUUCAAUUUUUGAAUAAUCUACUCAAGUCUCCAACAGCUUCCAUAUCCAGGGCUUUAAAUUUCACAAAGCACCUUCUAAUGAUGGAAAAGAAGUUGCACACCCUUGAGGAUGAACAAAUGAACUUUCUUUUAUCAUUUGUGGAAUUUUUUGAGAAAUUAUUGUUGCCUAAUCUUUUUGACUCCUCCAUCGUUCCCAAUUUCCAUCACCUCCCAUCUCUCACGGAGGAUAUUCUGAAUAUAAAUUCUCUGUGGACAAAUCAUUUGAAAAGUUUAAAGAGAGACCCAUCUGCCACUGGUGCUCAGAAACUCUUGGAAUUUGGCAAAGAAGUGAGCUGGAAAAUGCAAACUCUCGAAAGUCACUGGAUAAGGAAGGAACCAAAAAAUCUUUUGAGAUUCCUGGAAUUAAUACUUUUUGAAAUUAAUCCCAAAUUACUAGAAUUAUGGGUCUACAGCAUUUCAAAAGGAAAAAGAGCUAAACUGGAAAACUUCUUUUCACUUUUAAAUUUUUCUGUUCCAGAAAAUGAGAUUCUGAGUACAAGUUUUAACUUUUCCCAGUUGUUCCAUUCGGAUUGGCCGGAAUCACCAGCUAUGAACAUAGAUUUUGUACGUCUAAGUGAGACUAUAAUAAAGAGUCUCCAUGAAUUUGGAUUCUUGGAGGAGGGAGAGGUCUCAGAAGUUCUGAACACGGUCUACACUAUCAGGAAUGCAUCUGAUUUUUUCUCAGCCCUUUCUGAACCUCAAAAACAAGAAGUUGGUAAAAUUUUGACUCAAAAAUACCUAAAUGUCUUUCAGGACAAGGAUUCAGCUUUACUUCUGCAAAUUUAUUCUUCAUUUUACCAAUACAUUUAUGAAUUUUUGAAUAUUCAGAGUAGAGGUUCUUCGCUGACUUACCUUACACAAAUCUCAAAACACAUUUUGGAUAUCAUAAAACAAUUUAAUUUCCAAAGCAUCAGUAAAGCAUUUGCAUUUUUAUUUAAGGCAGCAGAGGUUCUUGGGGGAAUUUCUAAUGUAUCUUAUUGUCAGCAAUUGCUUUCAAUUUUUAACUUUUUGGAGCUUCAAGCCCAAUCCUUCAUGUCCACAGAAGGCCAAGAACUGGAAGUGAUCCACACUACUUUGACAGGCCUCAAACAGCUGCUCAUAAUUGAUGAAGAUUUUCGUCUUUCUUUAUUUCAAUACAUGAGCCAAUUCUUCAACAGUUCAGUAGAAGGCCUAUUCGAUAAUGAGUGCUUGAUUUCGGACAGUAAACACAUUUCUUCCAUAAAUUAUUCAACAAGUGAGGAGACUUCAUUUGUUUUUCCAUUGGCACAAAUUUUUUCAAACCUCUCAGCAAAUGUCAGUGUGUUCAACAAGUUUAUGUCCAUUCACUGUACUGUUUCAUGGCUUCAAAUGUGGACUGAAAUCUGGGAAAGCAUAUCUCAAUUAUUUAAGUUUGACCUGAAUGUUUUCACAUCUCUUCAUCAUGGUUUCACUCAGCUUUUGGAUGAACUGGAAAAUCAUGUGAAAGUCUCCAAAAGCUGCCAGGGAAUAUUUCCCACACAUAAUGUUGCUAGACUCAUAUUAAAUUUGUUUAAAAAUGUAACUCAAGCCGAUGACUUCCAUGAUUGGGAGGACUUCCUGGAUCUCAGGGAUUUUUUGGUAGCUUUAGGUAAUGCGUUAGUUUCAGUAAAAAAACUUAACUUGGAGCCAGUGGAGAAAUCCCUUUUCACCAUGGAAACUGCCCUGCAUCAGUUGAAGACAUUUCCAUUCAACACAAGUACAAGCAGAGAGUUUUUAAAUUCUCUGCUCAAAGUUUUCAUUGAGUUUAGCAGUACCUCAGAAAAUAUAGACAGAAAUGUAGAUUCGAUAAAUGACUUUCUUUCAAAUAAUCUCACAAAUUAUGGAGAGAAAUUUGAAAAUAUCAUCACUGAGCUAAGAGAAGCAAUAGUAUUUCUUAGAAAUGUAUCAGAUGAUCGAGAUUUGUUUUCCUGUGCUGAUAUUUUCCAAAAUGUUACUGAGUUUAUUUUAGAAGAUGGCUUUUUAUAUGUAAAUACCUCACAGAGGAUGUUACGUAUUCUAGACAUGAUAAAUUCCACAUUUUCCUCUGAGAGCACAAUUAGCAGGCUGAAAGGAUGCAUUGUGUGGUUAGAUGUCAUAAACCAUUUGUAUUUGGUGUCUAACUCCAGUUUUUCACAAGGCCAUCUUCAAAAUAUUUUGGGGAAUUUCAGACAUAUAGAAAAGAAAGUGAACUCUAUAUUGAAAAUUAUAACUGGGGUGUUAAAUGUAAAAAAACCUCUUUGUUCAUCAAAUGGCUUGCAUAUAAAUUGUGUAAAUAUUUACUUGAAAGACGUAACUGACUUUCUAAAUAUUGUACUUACUACAGUCUUUGAAAAAGAGAAGAUACCUAAAUUUGAGAUUUUAUUAGCUCUUUUAAAUGAUUCCACAAAGCAAGUAAGGAUGAGCAUCAACAAUUUAACAACAGACUUUGAUUUUGCAUCUCAAUCCAAUUGGAAAUAUUUUACUGAAUUAAUUCUAAGACCAAUAGAAAUGUCAGAUGAAAUUCCUAAUCAGUUUCAAACUAUUUGGCUUCAUUUAAUAACACUGGGGAAGGAAUUUCAGAAGCUUGUAAGAGGUAUUUACUCUAACAUCCUGGAAAAUAGUUCCUCUACUAAAACUGGAAACUUGUUAAACAUAUUUGCCACCAGUCCAAAAGAAAAAGAUGUAAACAGUGUAGGCAAUUCCAUUUAUCAUUUAGCUAGUUACCUUGCCUUCAACUUAUCUCAUGACCUCCAAAAUUCACCAAAAAUAAUUUCACCUGAAAUAAUGAAAGCCACGGGUCUUGGGAUUCAACUGAUGAGGGAUGUGUUCACCUCCUUAAUGCCUGCAGUUCAUCACAUUAGUCCACAAAAUACAGGUUAUAUGCAAGUUUUGAAGAAGGUAACUUCUGUCAUGCGUACUCUUAACAAGGCAGACAUAGACAUUUUGGUGGAUCAACUUGAACAAAUUAGUGCAAGCCUAAUGGAUUUCUUUAGGAAUAUCAGUAGUGUGAGAACUGGCAAGUUAGGGGUCAACUUGCUUGUUGACUUGAUGAAAAAAUUUGUAGACAGCUCGCAUUCUUGGAAUGUUAAUCACCUGCUGCAGCUCUCACGCCUGUUUCCUAAAGAUGCUGUGGAUGCUGUGGUAGAUGUGUACUAUGUGCUUCCUCAUGCUGUAAGGCUCCUACAGGGAGUACUUGGUAAAAACAUCACUGAAGGCCUCAAGGAUGUCUACAGCUUCAUACUCCUUCAUGGCAUAACCAUUUCAGAUAUCACCAAGGAAGACUUCACAAUUGUGAUAAAAAUUCUUUUGGAUAUAAUUGAAUUAAUAUCAGAUAAGCCAGAUAUUAUUUCAGAGACUUUAACUUGUUUUCCUGUGGUUUGGUGCUGGAAUCAUACAAAUUCUGGAUUUCAGCAGAAUUCAAAGGUAGACCCCUGCAGUGUCCAUGGGCUCAUGUCUUCUUCCUUUUAUGGCAAAGUGGCCAGUAUACUCGAUCAUCUCCACCUGUCUCCCCAAGGUGAAGAUUCACCAUGUUCAAAUGAAACCUCCCGAAUGGAAAUAAAUAGGAAAGUGGUCUGCAUAAUUCAUGAAUUAGUGGACUGGAAUUCUAUUCUUCUGGAACUCGCUGACGUCUUCCAUGUUAACAUUUCUCUUGUGAAAACUGUGCAGAAAUUUUGGCAUAAGAUAUUACCAUUUGUCCCACCUUCAAUAAAUCAAACUAGGGAUAGCAUCUCUGGACUUUGUCCUAGUGGUCCCAUAAAGCAAGUUGCUUUGCAAAUCAUAGAAAAACUUAAAAAUGUCAACUUUACAAAAGUUACAUCAGGUGAAAAUACUCUUGACAAACUAGCUAGUUUAAACAAGAUCCUUAACGUUAAUGAAGACACAGAGACAUCUGUUCAAAAUAUUAUUUCCUCGAAUUUGGAAAGGACAAUACAAUUGAUUUCUGAAGACUGGAGCCUAGAAAAAAGUACUCAUAAUCUACUGUCUUCAUUUAUGAUGCUCCUGAAUGCAAAUCUCACAGGUAGCAGUUCAGAAGCCUUAUCAAAUUUUAUUGAAAAGGAUGAAACAACUUACAACUUUGAAGAACUAUGGCCUGAGUUUCAACAAAUUGUGAAAGACCUAACCCAAGAUUUUAGAGUCAGACACCUGCUCUCUGAAAUGAACAAAGAUAUCAAAAGUAUAAAUUCAGUGGCUCUUCAAAACAUUACUUUGCAAUUUGCCCGUUUCCUGGAGAUCUUGGAUUCACAGUCACUGAAGACAUUAGAAAUUAUUGAAGAUUUUCUAUUGGUCACAAAAAACUGGCUUCAGGAAUAUGCAGAUGAGGAUUACUCCAGAAUGAUAGAAACACUAUUCAUUCCUGUGACCAAUGAGAGCUCAACUGAAGAUACAGCUUUGUUAACCAAAGCUAUUACUACUUUUUGGGGCUCUUUAAAAAAUAUAUCUAGAGAAGGCAAUUUUGAUGUUGCCUUUCUUACUCAUCUGCUAAAUCAAGAACAGCGGACUAAUUUCUCAGGUGUUCAGUUGCUUUUUGAAAACAUCCUAAUUAAUUCAAUCAAUAACUUAGCUGGGAAUUCUCAAGAAGCAGCUUGGAACUUAAGUGAUACUGACCUUCAAAUAAUGAAUUUCAUUAACCUUAUCUUGAACCAUAUGCAGUCAGAAACUAGUAGGAAAACAGUUCUCCCUCCGAGAAGCAUAGUAGGUUUCAUGGAACAACUUUUGAAAACACUCUUAUCCCUUUUGCUAAAGGAAGAUUCUGAGAACAAAAUAUCUCUUCUGCUGAAAGAUUUCCACAAAGAUGUUAUUGCAGAGAUGAGUUUUGUCCCAAAAGAUAAAAUUCUAGAAGUUCUGAAACUGGAUCAAUUUCUUGCUCUGAUGAAAGAAGACAGAUUGAGGAACAUUUUUUCAAGUUUAAAGGAGACUAUAUAUCACCUAAUAAAAAGUUCACUUAUAUUAGACAAUGGAGAAUUUUAUUUUGAUAGUCAUCAAGAACUGAAGUUCAUGCAAGAUUUAUUUAAUGCUCUUCUCAGGGAAACGCCAGUGAAAAAUGGGACUGAAAAUACUACAGACUUUUUCACAGUGGUGAGUCAGUUGUUUUUCCAUGGGAAUACGUCUGGGGACCUCUUCAAACUCAAUCAGGAUCUUAGGGCAGCUCUUCACCUUGUAAGAGAAUGUUCAACAGAGAUGGCAAGGCUUCUGGAUACAAUUUUAAAUGCUCCUAAUAAGGACUUCUAUGCUUCGUAUCCUACCCUCCAAGAAGUUAUACUUGCUAAUCUAACGGAUUUGCUUUUCUUUAUAAAUAAUUCAUUCCCUCUAAGAAACAGAGCAACAUUAGAACUUACUAAGAGAUUACUUGGUCCUCUUUCAAGAGCUGGUGAAGAAAGUCGUGUCCCGGAACCCCUCUUAGAAAUGUCUGGGACUCUGGUCAUGCUGUUGAAUGACAGUGCUGACCUGAGAGAUCUUGCCACAUCAGUGGACUCCAUUGUGAAACUUCUUAAACUGGUCAAGAAAGUUUCAGGGAAGAUGGCCACAGUUUUUAAAACUCAUUUUGUCUCCAAUACCAAGGACAGUGUGAAAUUCUUUGUCACUCUCUAUUCCAUCAUGCAACAAAGUGUUCAAAAUCUUGUGAAAGAAAUAGCUACUUUGAAAAAAAUAGAUCAUUUCACAUUUGAAAAGAUAAAUGAUUUGUUGGUGCCAUUUCUUGAUUUGGCCUUUGAAAUGAUUGGGGUCGAAACUUAUACAUCAUCAAACUCUGAUAUUUUCAGUAUCUCACCUAGCAUACUGUCAUAUAUGAACCAAUCUAAGGACUUUUCUGAUAUUUUGGAAGAAAUUGCUGAAUUUUUAACAUCUGUGAGAAUCAACUUGGAAGAUGUGAAGAGUCUUAUGGUAGCAUUUAACAAUGAAACUCAAACAUUUUCUAUGGAUUCUAUCAACUUAUGGGAAGAAAUUCUGGGUUGCUUAGUUCCUAUAAAUAACAUCACCAACCAAAUGGACUUCUUAUACCCUAAUCCAAUUUCCACUCAUAGUGACCCUCAAGAUAUAAAAUGGGAAAUAAUUCAUGAAGAGAUCCCUUUUUUGGAUAAAAUAUUAUCACAAAACAGCACAGAAAUAGGGUCUGUCUUGAAAAUGGUGAUCGGUCUCACCUUAGAAGCUCUUUGGAAAAACUUAAAGAAGGAUAAUUGGAAUGUUUCUAAUCUGUUGAUGACAUUUACUCAGCAUCCAGAUAACCUUUUGGAAACCAUAGAAAGAGUUUUAGAGGCCUCCAGUGGAAUUAAAAGUGACUAUGAAGGUGAUUUGAGUAAAAGUUUAUAUUUUGACACACCUUUGAUUCGGAAUAUAACUCAUCAUCAACUUGAAAAAGCAAUCCAUAAUGUUUCAAGUAGAAUAGCUCUCUGGAGGAAAGGGCUUCUGUUUAACAACUCUGAAUGGACAACUUCCACAAGACCUUUGUUUCAGCCACUUUUUGAGAUUUUCAUUAAAGCAACCACUGGAAAGAAUGUCACAUCAGAAAAAGAAGAGAGAACCAAGAAAGAGAUAAUUGACUUUCCUUGUAGUUUCAAACCAUUUUCCUGUUUGGAGAAAUACCUGAGAGGAUUAUUUGUAUUGACUAAAUACUGGCAACAAAUCCCACUGACAGAUCAAAGUGUUGUUGAGAUGUGUGAAGUUUUCCAGCAGCCUGUGAAGCCCUCAGAAGCCAUGGAGAUCCUGCAGAAAGUGAAGAUGAUGGUCAUACGUGUGCUCACCAUCGUUGCAGAAAACCCUUCCUGGACCAAGGACAUUUUGUGUGCUACUCUGAGUUGCAAGCAAAGUGGGAUAAGGCUUCUCAUUUUAUCUGCUAUACAAGGGGUCACUUUGGCGCAAGACCAUUUCCAGGAAAUUGAAAAGAUAUGGUCCUUGCCCAAUCAGCUAAAUUGUGAAAGUCUUGGCAAGAAUCUUUCUAGCACCUUGGACAGCUUCAAGAGCAGCUUGGAAAAUGCCACUGACCAGGACUGCACAUGCCAGCCGAGGCUGGAGACGGUGCAGCAGCACUUGCACAUGUUGGCCAAAAGCCUCGAGGAAACUUGGUCAUCAGGGAAUCCCAUCAUGACUUUUCUGAGCAAUUUCACAGUAACUGAGGAUGUGAAAAUAAAAGAUUUGAUGAAGAAUAUCACCAAGUUGACUGAGGAGCUUCGCUCUUCCAUCCACAUCUCAAAUGAGACUAUCCAUAGCAUUCUAGAAGCAAAUAUUUCCCACUCCAAGGUUCUCUUCAGUGCCCUCACCGUAGCUCUGUCUGGAAAGUGUGAUCAUGAAAUCCUUCGUCUCCUGCUGACAUUUCCCAAAGGGGAAAAAUCUCGGAUCGCGACGCAGGAACUCUGUGGCCUGCCGGCGUCAAAAGUAUAUCCUCUGAUUGUGUUGCUGAGUCAAAACCUGGAUGUGCGAGCUUUCGUUUACAAGACUCUGAUGCCUUCUGAAGCAAAUGACUUGCUCAACUCCUUGUUGGAUGUAGUUUCCAGCCUCAGCUCCUUGCUUGCCAAAGCCCAGCACAUCUUUGAGCAUCUUCCUGGGUUUCUUCACACAUUUAAAAUCACUGCCUUGCUAGAAACACUGGACUUUCAACAGGUUUCACAAAAUGUCCAGGCCAGAAGUUCAGCCUUUGGUUCUUUCCAGUCUGUGAUGAAGUUGGUUUGCAAGGACCAAGCAUCAUUCCUUAGCAAUUCUAAUAUGUUCAUUGAUUUGCCCAGAGUUAACGAACUCUUGGAAGAUGACAAAGAAAAAUUCAACAUCCCUGAAGAUUCAACACCAUUUUGCUUGAAGCUUUAUCAGGAAAUUCUACAAUUGCCAAAUGGUGCUUUGGUGUGGACCUUCCUAAAACCCAUAUUGCAUGGAAAAAUACUAUAUACACCAAACACUCCAGAAAUUAACAAGGUCAUUCAAAAGGCUAAUUCCACCUUUUAUAUUGUGGACAAGCUAAAAGCUUUAUCAGAAACACUGCUGGAAAUGUCCAGCCUUUUCCAGAGAAGUGGAAGUGGCCAGAUGUUCAACCAGCUGCAGGAGGCCCUGAGAAACAAAUUUGUAAGAAACUUUGUAGAAACGCAGUUGCACAUUGAUGUAGACAGACUUACUGAAAACCUCCAGACAUACGGAGGGCUGCUGGAUGAGAUGUUUAACCGCGCAGGCGCUGGACACUUCCGUUUCUUGGGCAGCAUCUUGGUCAAUCUCUCUUCCUGCGUGGCGCUGAACCGUUUCCAGGCUGUGCAUUCUGUCGACAUCCUGGAGACUAAAGCACAUGAACUCUUGCAGCAGAACAGCUUCUUGGCCAGUAUCAUUUUCAACAAUUCCUUACUCGGCAAGAGCUUCAGAUCAGAGUCUGUCAAACUGCCACCCCAUGUCUCAUAUACAAUCCGGACCAAUGUGUUAUACAGCAUGCGAACAGAUGUGGUAAAAAACCCUUCCUGGAAGUUCCACCCUCAGAAUCUACCAGCUGAUGGAUUCAAAUAUAACUACGUCUUUGUCCCACUGCAAGACAUGAUCGAAAGAGCCAUCAUUUUGGUGCAGACUGGGCAGGAAGUCCUGGAACCAGCAGCACAGACUCAGGCGGCCCCUUACCCCUGCCAUACCAGCGAUCUAUUCCUGAACAACGUUGGUUUCUUUUUUCCACUGAUAAUGAUGCUGACGUGGAUGGUGUCUGUGGCCAGCAUGGUCAGAAAGUUGGUGUAUGAGCAGGAGAUCCAGAUAGAAGAGUAUCUGCAGAUGAUGGGAGUGCAUCCAGUGACCCAUUUCCUGGCCUGGUUCCUGGAGAACAUGGUUGUGUUGACCAUAAGCAGUGCUGCUCUGGCCAUCAUUCUGAAAACAAGUGGCAUCUUUGCACACAGCAAUGCCUUUAUUAUUUUCCUCUUUCUCUUGGAUUUUGGGAUGUCAGUCGUCAUGCUGAGCUACCUCUUGAGUGCAUUUUUCAACCAAGCUAAUACAGCGGCCCUUUGCACCAGCCUGGUGUACAUGAUCAGCUUUCUGCCCUACAUAGUUCUAUUGGUUCUACAUAACCAAUUAAGUUUUGUCAUUCAGACAUUUCUGUGCCUUCUCUCCACAACUGCCUUUGGACAAGGAGUAUUUUUUAUUACAUUCCUGGAAGGACAAGAGACAGGGAUUCAGUGGAAUAAUAUGUACCAGGCUCCAGAACAAGGGGGCAUGACAUUUGGCUGGGUUUGCUGGAUGAUUCUGUUGGAUUCAAGCCUUUAUUUUUUGUGUGGAUGGUACUUGAGCAACUUGAUUCCUGGAACAUUUGGUCUACGGAAACCAUGGUAUUUCCCCUUUACUGCCUCAUAUUGGAAGAGUGUGGGUGUCUUGGUGGAAAAUAGGCAAUAUUCUCUAAGUUCCAGUGUGUUCUUCUUCCAUGAGAACUUUGACAGUAAAGGGUCAUCACAGCAAAACAGGGAAGGAGAGCUUGAAGGAAGUCCCCCGGGAGUCACCUUGGUGUCUGUGACCAAGGAAUAUGAGGGCCACAAGGCUGCAGUCCAAGACCUCAGCCUCACCUUCUACAGGGACCAAAUCACCGCCCUGCUGGGGACAAAUGGUGCCGGGAAAACCACUAUCAUAUCUAUGUUGACGGGGCUCUACCCUCCCACUUCUGGAAACAUCAUCAUCAAUGGCAAGAACCUGCAGACAGACCUGUCGAGGGUCAGAAUGGAGCUGGGUGUGUGUCUGCAGCAGGACAUCCUGUUGGACAACCUCACCGUCCGGGAACAUCUGCUGCUCUUUGCUUCCAUAAAGUCUCCACAGUUGACCAAGAAGGAGCUGCAUCAGCAAGUCAAUCAAACUCUUCAGGAUGUGGACUUAACUCAGCAUCAGCACAAACAGACUCGAGAGCUGUCUGGAGGCCUGAAGAGGAAGCUGUCCAUUGGCAUUGCUUUCCUGGGCAGGUCGAGGACCGUGGUUCUGGACGAGCCCACCAGUGGGGUGGACCCUUGCUCCCGGCAUAGCCUGUGGGACAUUCUGCUCAAGUACCGAGAAGGUAGGCACUGGGCCUUAUUCUGCCUUCUCUUCCCACAAUGUUGUAUUGCAGGAAAUGCAUCGCUAUUACAAGGGAUGAAUGUGGGAAGCGCAGCUUUUGGAGGAACAUAUCAUCUGAAUCAGAGAGAGAAACAGUCAAGCUGUGUCUUGGGGAAAACACUUUCUGUUCUGGAGGCCCAUGAUGUGGAAGACAUGGCUCGUGUUACAUCCCUGAUAAAGAUCUAUAUUCCACAAGCAUUUCUCAAAGACAGUAGUGGAAGUGAGCUGACCUACGCCAUUCCAAAGGAUGCAGACAAGACCUGCUUCAAAGGGCUCCUCCAAGCCCUGGAUGAGAACCUGCGUCAGCUACACCUGACGGGCUAUGGGAUCUCAGACACCACCUUAGAAGAGGUGUUUUUGAUGCUUUUGCAAGAUUCCAACAAGAAAUCUCACGUUGCCCUGGGGACUGAGUCAGAGCUGCAGAACCACAGGCCUGCAGGACAUCUCCCUGGCUACUGCGGCUCCCCAGCACGGCCAGCACCUGUGCGGGGCCUCCCUCUGCUCCGUGCACAAGUGGCGGCGCUCCUGGCCUGGAGGCUCCGCCACACGCUGCGCGCCGGGAAGAGCACCCUCGCCGACCUGCUGCUGCCAGUCCUCUUCGUGGCCUUGGCCAUGGGCUUGUUCAUGGUGAGACCCCUUGCCACCGAGUACCCUCCCCUCAGACUCACACCUGGACAUUACCAGCGGGCCGAGACCUACUUUUUCAGCAGUGGAGGCGACGACUUGGACCUCACCCGUGUUCUUCUGCGAAAGUUUAGAGAUCAAGAUCUGCCCUGUGCAGAUGUAAACCCAGACCAGAUGAAUUCUUCAUGCUGGCACACACAUCCCUUUUCUCACCCAGAAUUCCAGGAUUCAUGUGGCUGCCUGAAGUGUCCGAAGAGAAGUUCCGGUGCUCCCUACCUGACCAACCACCUGGGCCACACACUGUUGAAUCUCUCAGGCUUCAAUAUGGAGGAGUACUUGCUGGCACCAUCUGAAAAACCAAGGCUUGGAGGUUGGUCUUUUGGAGUACAAAUCCCCAGUGAAGCUGGAGGUGCAAAUGCAAACAUAUCAAAAACCCAAACUCUGGCAAAGGUGUGGUAUAAUCAGAAGGGUUUUCAUUCCCUACCUUCCUACUUAAAUCAUCUAAACAACCUUAUUUUGUGGCAGCACCUACCCCCUACUGUGGACUGGCGACAAUACGGAAUAACACUCUACAGCCACCCAUAUGGAGGGGCCUUGCUGAAUGAGGACAGGAUCCUGGAGAGCAUCCGUCAGUGUGGAGUGGCCCUCUGCAUCGUGCUGGGAUUCUCCAUCCUGUCUGCAUCCAUCGGCAGCUCCGUGGUGAGGGACAGAGUGAUUGGAGCCAAAAGGUUGCAGCACAUAAGUGGCCUUGGCUACAGAAUGUACUGGUUCACAAACUUCCUAUAUGACAUGCUCUUUUACUUGGUUUCCGUCUGCCUGUGUGUUGCUGUUAUUGUCGCCUUCCAGUUAACAGCUUUUACUUUCCGCGAGAACUUGGCAGCCACGGCCCUCCUGCUGUCACUUUUCGGAUAUGCAACUCUUCCGUGGAUGUACCUGAUGUCCAGAAUCUUCUCCAGUUCAGACGUGGCUUUCAUUUCCUAUGUCUCACUAAACUUCAUCUUUGGCCUUUGUACCAUGCUCAUAACCGUCAUGCCCCGGUUGCUAGCCAUCAUCUCCAAAGCUAAGAAUUUACAAAAUAUCUAUGAUGUCCUCAAGUGGGUCUUUACUAUUUUUCCUCAAUUCUGCCUUGGUCAAGGACUGAUAGAACUCUGCUAUAAUCAGAUCAAAUAUGACCUGACCCACAGCUUCGGCAUUGAUUCCUAUGUGAGUCCCUUUAAGAUGGACUUUCUGGGCUGGAUCUUUGUGGAACUGGCCACGCAGGGCACAAUACUUCUCCUCUUGAGAGUUCUGCUACACUGGGACCUUCUGCAAUGGCCAAGGGGUCAAUCUACUCUCCAAGGCAUAGUCAAAUCUUCCAAGGAUAUAGAUGUUGAAAAAGAGAAAAUGAGGGUGUUUGAAGGAAGGACCAGUGGAGACAUUCUUGUGUUAUACAACCUGAGUAAACACUAUCGACGCUCUUUCCAGAAGAUUAUUGCUGUGCAAGAUAUUAGUUUGGGCAUACCAAAAGGAGAGUGCUUUGGACUUCUAGGGGUGAAUGGAGCUGGGAAGAGCACGACUUUCAAAAUGCUGAAUGGUGAAGUUUCUCCAACUUCAGGACAUGCUAUCAUCAGGACUCCCAUGGGGGACGCUGUGGACCUGUCUUCUGCUGGUGCUGCAGGCGUGCUCAUUGGCUACUGUCCCCAGCAGGAUGCCCUGGACGAGCUUCUGACUGGUUGGGAGCAUCUCCAUUAUUACUGUAGCUUACGCGGGAUUCCAAGGCAGUGCAUCCCUGAGGUUGCUGGAGAUCUCAUCAGGCGCUUACACCUUGAAGCCCAUGCGGACAAACCUGUGGCCACCUACAGUGGGGGAACCAAGCGGAAACUCUCUACAGCCCUGGCCCUGGUGGGGAGACCUGACAUUCUUUUAUUGGAUGAACCCAGCUCUGGGAUGGAUCCCUGCUCUAAGCGGUACCUAUGGCAAACAAUAAUGAAGGAGGUUAGGGAAGGCUGUGCUGCAGUGCUGACCUCCCACAGCAUGGAGGAAUGUGAGGCUCUUUGCACAAGACUGGCCAUAAUGGUCAACGGCAGCUUCAAAUGUCUUGGUUCUCCUCAGCACAUCAAAAAUAGGUUUGGUGAUGGUUAUACAGUCAAAGUUUGGCUCUGUAAGGAAGCAAAUCAACAUUGCACUGUUUCUGAUCACUUGAAGCUUUAUUUUCCAGGAAUUCAGUUCAAGGGACAGCACCUGAAUUUGUUAGAAUAUCAUGUGCCAAAAAGAUGGGGAUGCCUAGCUGACUUGUUCAAAGUUAUAGAGAACAAUAAAACCUUCUUGAAUAUUAAGCAUUAUACCAUUAACCAAACCACUUUGGAGCAGGUAUUUAUUAAUUUUGCUUCUGAGCAGCAGCAAACUCUACAAUCUACUCUUGAUCCAUCCACUGACAGUCACCACACAUAUCACUUGCCCGUCUGAUCACUAAAGAAGUUUCCGUAAGGAAUAAAACCUUGUCUUUCAUUACAAUUAACAGUCAAGGAUAAAACAAGCAUGCGCACAACCAAGGAGCUGGGGCACACUCUCCAGGCAGUCAGAUUACAUUCUCUUGUUCAUUUUCUAUUUUGAAUCUCCUUGUUAGCUAAUAACCACCAAAUGGAAAGGUUGUUCUUUCUGCAGACUUUUGGGGCGCUCCUCCAAGACAUUUGUUCUUUUUACCAUGCCAGAUGGACACCAGCUUCUUUGUGACAAAGGCAUGAAUGAUUUGACAGUGUCCAAACUGAGACAUUCUGGAGGUGGAAAGGCUGUCACAGAUUGUCCACUCUAAACAUGUCACUUUUCUGUUAAGAAAACUGAGCCCCCCUACAUGUUUUUAAUGAUUUUAAUGUAAGCUUUCACUAAUACUGAUGACAUUAUAUGGUAUGAUAUGAAAGAAUCACCAAUUUUUUACAUAUAAAAGUUGUCUUUUUAAAAAAAUAGGAUUUGAAAAGCUCUUUUAGUAUACACUUUAGCAAAAUUAAUUAAAUUGAACUAGUUGCUUUGUAUCAAUUACAGCAGUUCUACCAGAAUCUCCCAGGUUAUAAUUUAUGAAGGUAGAUAAACAAAAUGUAGAUACAUUUUCUUUUUCUUAAUUUGGAUGAAUAAUUACUGGUUUUUGUUACUCUAAGUCAGUGUUUUUCAAAGCGUAGUGGUCCCCAUAUUAGCUGCAUUGCCAUCUUCUGGGAGCUUGCAAGAAAUGUACAUUAUCAGGAUCCACUCCAGACCUAGUGAAUCUCAAAUUCUGGGACUUAAACAAGCAGAUUCCAGUUUAAGAACCAAUGAUUUAAGGGAAUAUCUUUUUACUUCCUAGUUAUACAAGCAAAAUAAGCAUAGUAUGUAGUCUUUUUCUUUUUUUUUUUGAGAUGGAGUCUUGCUGUCUCUCCCAGGCUGG